UCUUACGGGAUGGAGAGGGCGGAAAUACCCGCCCAGGCUUCUCGGUGACGUCACGAAAGGACAAACCGGUUUACCGCGAGGUCAUUCGGCCUCUCCGAGCAGCCGGUAGCAGUGAAGCGGAGGCGCCAUCUUGAGACAGCGAAAGACGCAGCUCCGGCAGCAGCAGCAGCAGGACAGCCACCAUGUACCCCACCGCUCUGACGCAGCUGGCCCGGGCCAACCCGUUCAGCGCCCCCCUGUUCAGCCUCCAGAAGGUGGAAGAACCCCAACAGAGCGUCCAUGGACAGAGGCAGACCCGCAGACUGGCAGCAGCCGCCACCGCAGACGAGGGAGACAGUUGUGAGUUCGGCUCUCAGAAGUAUUUCGUCCUGUGCGGCUUUGGUGGGAUUCUGAGCUGUGGCACCACGCACACAGCUGUGGUUCCCCUCGAUCUGGUCAAAUGCAGAAUGCAGGUGAACCCAGAUAAAUACAAGAGCAUCGGCAACGGUUUCUCAGUGACCGUGAGGGAAGAUGGUGUCAGAGGCCUGGCUAAGGGGUGGGCCCCCACCUUCAUCGGCUACUCCAUGCAGGGACUCUGCAAGUUUGGCUUCUAUGAAGUGUUUAAGAUCUUCUACAGUGACCUGCUGGGAGAGGAGAACACCUACCUGUGGAGGACAUCGUUGUACCUGGCUGCCUCUGCCAGCGCUGAGUUCUUUGCAGACAUUGCUCUGGCUCCCAUGGAGGCUGUAAAGGUUCGUAUCCAGACACAGCCGGGCUACGCCAACACCCUCAGAGAAUGUGUCCCCAAGAUGUACGGAGAGGAGGGCCUCUGGGCGUUCUAUAAGGGUGUGGUGCCCCUGUGGAUGAGGCAGAUCCCCUACACCAUGAUGAAGUUCGCCUGCUUCGAGCGCACUGUGGAGAUGCUCUACAAGUACGUGGUGCCCAAGCCCCGCAGCGAGUGCAGCAAGGCUGAGCAGCUGGUGGUCACCUUCGUGGCCGGUUACAUCGCUGGUGUGUUCUGUGCCAUCGUGUCCCACCCUGCUGACUCCGUGGUGUCUGUGCUGAACAAGGAGAAGGGCAGCACAGCUGUCCAGGUGCUCAAGAAGCUCGGUCCCAAAGGUGUCUGGAAGGGUCUGGUCGCCCGUAUCAUCAUGAUUGGUACUCUGACCGCUCUGCAGUGGUUCAUCUAUGACUCGGUGAAGGUGUACUUCCGCCUGCCCCGCCCUCCUCCCCCUGAGAUGCCAGAGUCCCUGAAGAAGAAGCUCGGUCUCACAGAGUAAAGCCCCUCCUCCCUCAGCCCCAUCGUCUUUACUGAGCUGCAGUCUCCAUUCACCUCCUGAAGGCCAGACCUCCACAGCGCACAGCAGUUUUCUAUAUUUAUGUCGAGCUGCUGCUGCUCCGCAGAGCACAGAGCUGCUAACUAUUCAUGUGUAUUUAAAAAAACCAAGAACAACAAGCAAGGAGGAAGGUGGAACUGUCACUCUUGACCUGCAAGAGUCGCACAGAAAACAUUGUUCAGUAGAAACACCUGGUCUGGUUUUAUCAUUUCCUGUCAUUAGAAAAUGUUGCAAUUCUAAUAAAAGAAUUAAAUUCCAUGGAAAACCUG